UUGGCUUUUGCUUUUUCCUCAUGUUCUUCUUGUUCUAGCCUAAGUUACCUGUAGUGUCAUGUCUCCUUGGUCCCUCCAGUCUCGCUUUUCCAGCCUGAGAGUUUCUUCCUGACACUGUGGAAAGUGUAGUUUGGUGUCAGCUUUUCUGCCAUGUAAUACGUUACUGAAAAUUUAGCAGCUUGCAGCAACUCAUGUUUGCACACACCUACCGGGGCAGAAACACAGGUGUGCUGAUUCCCCUCCCCGCUGUCUCAUAGGCUGAGCCUCGGCUGGCUGGGGUGUGCUCCCUUCUGAUGAACACACACCCAGCUGACUACGAACCUUUAUGCCCUUUGCAUGGAGGGAGCCAGAGACGGGGAGUGUCCGCUAAGAGUUCGUGUUUUGAAUCCUAUCUUCUUAAAGGUUUUUUUUUAUUUGUAUUUUUAUGUGUAUUUUAUUUUUUAUUUUUAUGGAUUAUUUCCUUUUUAUUGCCAAGUAGUAUUCUGUUGUGUGGAUAUACACAGUAUUCUUGACCCUUCACCUGAUGAGGAAUUUCCAAUACUGGAUAUUAUAAAUAAAUUUGAUGUGGAUAUUUAAAUACAGAUUUUUAAAGAAACAUGUUUCCUUUUUCUGAGACAAGUGCUUAAGAGUGUAUUGUUUGUGUAGUAAUUGUAGGUCAGCCUUUUGACAAACUACUAGGUUGAUUUCCAGAGUGCCUAGCAAUGUAUAGAUGGUGCAGUUUUUCACUAUUUGGUGUCACCAGUAUAUGUGUGUUUGUGUGUGACUCACUCUGUAGACCAGGCUGGCCUUGAACUCAGAGAUUCACCUGUCUCUGUCUCCCAAGCUGGUAUUAAAGGUGUUCACCACUACCUCCUGGCUUUUAACUUGCCUUAAAAAAAAAGAUGUAUUUUUAUUAAUUGUGUGUAGAUUGUGUGAAAGAUAUAUUUUUAUUAAUUAUGUGUAGAUUUUGUCUGCAUGUGGAUAUGUUCAUCUGAACAGGUGCCUCAGGGACUGUGGGUCUCUUGGGUCCGGGUAGUGGGGAGCAUCUGGAACACAUGCUGGGAAGCAGACUCGGGCCAUCCCUCUGCUUCCUAGUCCACACUUCCUGUGGCUAAUAACGUUGAACAGUUUUCAUGUGUUAUUUUUUUGUUUAUAUCUUUACUUCUGAGGUGUCUUAAUGUACAUCCCUGGACUGGAACGCACUAUGAGACGCACUAUGAUGCCAAGCUGUGCGUGGAUGCCUGGUGGCUCUCUUGCCUUGGCCUCCUGGAUUCUGUGCUCUAGGCCUAGACCACCAUGUGCUUCCUAACUCACCAAGGACUGAAGCCUCCAGAUCUUCCCACCAUUUUACAGGAAACAGAAGAGAGGCUAGUCUAGGGAAUUCCUAAGAGAAGAACAAGAAAACGUGGGCUAUCCAAUAGGAAAGUUUUAUGUUAGCUUGACACAAGCUGGUGUCAUUUAGGAAGAGGGAACUCCAACUGAGAAAGUGACCCAGAGUGGUCUGUGGGCAAGCCUGUGCUAUAUUUUCUUGAUCCAUGGUUGAUGUGGGUGGGUCAGUAUCAUCGUGGGCUGGCUGUCCUGAGUUUUAGGGGUAAGCAAGCCGGUGAGCAGCACUCUUCCUUGUCCUCUGCCUCAGCUCCUGCCUCCACGUUCCUGCUGUGACUCGCUUUCAUCAUGGACUAUAACGUGGAACUGCAGAAGCAAACAAGAUGCUGAGGGAUCGACAGCUUGAGCAGGAAGAGAGACUUGCAAACGAACUGGCCAGACUGAAGCACGAGAGUCUGAAGGAUAAGAAGAUGAGGCAGCAAGUGAGAGAGAACAGCAUUGAGCUCAGAGAGUUGGAGCAGAAACUGAAAGCCGCCUACAUGAACAAAGAGAGAGCAGCCCAGAUCGUGGAGAAGGACGCCAUGAAGUAUGAGCAGAUGAAACGUGAUGCGGAGAUAGAAAGGAUCAUGAUGGAGGAGCACGAUAGGCUGCUGAAGGAAGAGAGCGCCAAGCAAGAGCGGCGGAACAAGGAGAGGGCACAGUACUACCUGGACCUGGAGAAGCAGCUGGAAGAUCAAGAGAGGAGGAAGCAGGAGGCAUACGAGCAGCUGCUGAAGGAGAAACUCAUGAUAGACGAAAUUGUCAGGAAGAUCUACGAGGAAGACCAGGUGGAAAGACAGCAAAAAUUAGAAAAAAAGAAUGCAAUUCAGAAGUAUAUUGAAGAAUUCCAGAGGGCACAAGACUUCUGGAGACAAAAGAAGCGUGAGGAGAUGGAGGAAGAGAACCGGAAAAUCAUAGAGUUUGCAAACAUACAGGAGCAAAGAGAAGGCGAGCGGAUGGCCAGAGUUCACGAGAUCGAGGAAAAGAGGGUCCAGCGUCAGAAUUUGCUGAUGAAGCAGCUGGAGGAAACACUGCGGCAGCGGGAUGACCUGGAGCAAGUGCGGCAGGAGCUGUACCAGGAGGAGCAGGCAGAGAUCAUCAAACUGAAAGUGAAAGAAGAAGCAGAGCUGAGACUGAGGAGGCAGAGGGAGAUGAAGCAAGACUUUGAAGACCAAAUGGCACUGAAGGAACUCAUACUGCAGGCUGCAAAAGAGGAGGAAGAGACCUUUAAGAAAGCCAUGCUGGCCAAGUUUGCCGAAGAUGACCGCAUUGAGCUCAUGAAUGCCCAGAAACAGCGAAUGAAGCAGCUGGAGCACAAACGCGCCGUGGAGAAACUCAUUGAAGAACGCCGGAGCCAGUUCCUCGCAGACAAACAACGUGAGCUGGAGGAAUUGCAACUACAGCAAAGGCGGCAGGGCUGCAUCAAUGAGAUUAUUGAAGAAGAGAGGCUGAGACUCCUCAAAGAACAUGCUGCAAAGUUACUAGGCUAUCUCCCCAAAGGAGUGUUUAAAAGAGAAGACGAUGUUGACAUGCUUGGUGAAGAGUUCAGGAAGGCCUAUCAGAAAAGGGAUGGAGUCUGAAGCCGAGUCUUCAUAGCAAGGCCGGGCGAGACCUGGAGUGCUCAGAUGCUGCCACUAGAUGUCAGCGUAACUGCUGUUUUACAGUUGGUGACAGUAGGCCCUGGUCUAUCUGCAUGUUCUAAAACAUCCUCCUAUUUCAUCAUGUAUACAGUUUGACAAAAAUUAAACACAUUAGUACUUUAACUGCA